AUGGAGGAGAUUUCGCGAUUCCAGUUGCUUAACAGCUCUGUCUCAGCCGACGACGGAGUUCAGCUCACUGCUGUUCAAUUGCAGCUAAUCAAAGAAGCCCAUUCUCCACCAAAGCCUAAAGAUGUUCAAGAAGCGAACGUUGCAGUAGCUAGAGACGCUGAAUUGCGAAGGGCUGUGUACGAUACAAUUGUGCAAUUAUCGGAAAUUGUCUCAGAAAAUGCACUCAAAUGUUUGCUGCCUUUCCUUCACUGUGGUGCUUGGGAUGAAGUUGUUGAGGAACGUUAUCUGGGAAAUCCUCACAUGUGUGGAUUCCCUCUAUGCGGAGAAGUAGUUGAAGCGAAAAUGAGGAAGCAAAGAUAUCACAUAGAUAGGAUAGCCUGUAAGAUUUAUGAGCAUCGAAUUGAGACCGACAUGUACUGCUCCCGAUCCUGUUUGAUGCGGUCUGCCUCUGUGCGGUCUCAGUUGCCCGACGAACCACUAUGGCUUUCGGGGAAUAUUGCGAAAAGACUGACUUCUGUCUACCACAUUGAGGGACCUUUGGAACUAGAUCGGGAGAGAAAGGAAAUUGAAAUUGUAUGCGCAGUUGAGGAAAAGCUUAGCGAACUGAAGAUAAGGGAAGGUGGAUCGUCUACGGAGUCUGAAACCGAAGAUAACGAUGAAAGUGAAACGUGUCGUAACAGUAUGCCUGAGCAAUUUCAGGACAUCAAAGGACUCCUUGACGAGCCGUCGUAUAAUCCGAGGCUUCCUGAUCCACAGAUGUCCGACAAUAUUGCAUUCACUGACGAUGAGUUGGAAAAGCUCGCUCGUUUAAGGUCUAAGUAUUCCAAAAACUGGGGAAAGAAGAAACCAAUUAUUGUGGAUCCUGUUCCAGCUUCGCCUUCAUCGUCUAAGGAGGAGAUUAUUUAUGCUGAUUUCAAGGUUUCGGAAGAAAAGGAGGUGGACACUGCUAAGCAUUCGCCAAAAGCGGCUAUCCCUACAAGAUCAUGCUUAGAGCCGAAGUUUGUUGAGAGUGUCCGAACAUUGUUUAGAAUGACCACUUAUCAAGAAGAGCUAGGUGUCUCAUUUUCUGAAACUAAUUGGCUGUACAUGAUAGCAGCCACUUUUGAUCUCGAGCCCAACACCAUCACCGACUUCCCCAACAGAGUUCUCAAACUCGUGUGUUGCAUAUUGCUGAAAUUGAUUUCGUCGGUGGAUACAUCUGUGGAAGAUAUCAUAUAUCUAGGAGGGAACGCUUCAGAUAAAUUUGUACAGUUACUUGCCGAGAUAGAUGUGGAUGUGAAAACUUUUGAGAGCAUUGUUUCGGAAAUUGUUACGGAUGAAAAAAAACCUGAAUAA